UGAGAGUCAAGUAGCUUCUCAGCUGCGAUUUGAAACUUCAAAGUGAAGGAUGGAUAAUGAAUUGAGGUAUGAGAUCGGACAGAGCGCUUACAUCAAGCUCGUGCUACAUGCCCUAAAGCACAAGACCUCCGCCGUUAAUGGCGUUCUCCUCGGUCGUUUCAUUAACGAUGGCCUCGUUGAAAUUUCCGAUUCAGUUUCUCUCUCUCACUCAUAUCGGUCUUCUUCCAGCUCUCGAAGUCGCUCUACUUCAGAUAGAGGAGCAUUUUGGUGAGCAAGGGUUGAGUGUUGUGGGCUAUUAUCACGCGAACGAGAGAUACGAUGAUCUCGAGCUGGGAAACGCAGCCAAGAAGAUCUCCGAUCACAUUUGUCGCUACUUUCCCCAGGCUGCCAUACUUUUGUUGGAUAACAAAAAACUUGAGACAGUACCAAGGGGGGAGAUCGGAAUCCUGUUGUGCAAGUUAGUUUUAUUUAUUUAUUUUUUCUCUUUCUUUUCCCACUUCUGGUGCCCUUGUUUUCUAGCAAACAUAUAGACUGCACUGUGCACCUACUUUUUUAAUUACUUAGAGAUCAACUACUUCUGAUGUUUUUGUUUCAUAUUCUACAAAGUUGGCUUCAGGCAGCAUUUUAUGAAGUUUCUGUGUAACUUAAUACGCAUGUUAUAUGGAGUUGAAGGUCCUUUCUAGAUAGCAUUUGCAUGGGAAAAUUGUUGCCUUCACCUUGUAAAGGCAUUUAUACAAUCAAGUAAUCAACUUUAAUAAUUAUUGACUUAUGAUGAUCUUUUAUACUUACCCCAAUUUGUGCUUAAGUUUCUAUUCCUUUUGAAUGAAUCUUACUUUAAGUCAUAAUAAUGCUUUACUUGCCAAGGCAGAGUCAGUUAUAAUCUUAUAGUUGGGAUGGCGAAACAAGAUUCAUGUUGUUGAACCCAUGUAGUUGGGAUAAGACUAAUGAUGAUGAUGAUAAUGGCCAUGCUUUGUUGAAUCAAUGGUUCUUAUUGAAGUAUAACAAUGAAGGUGGGAAGUAUGGAGUCAUCAUAGUAUCUUGAAGGAGGAGGCAUUUUCAUUAGUCAAAUUGAUAGUCUACCAACAUACUACCUAUCCCUUUCAACAGUUCCCAAAGAAGUGGCUUUGAAAAUUGAGAAAAUCCAGAGGGACUUUUUAUGGGCCAAAAUCAAAAUUCUCAGAUCCGACAAUGCAAAGAAAUACUUUGCUAAGCCAUUAACUUCUUACCUCCUUAAUCAUGGAAUUAUUCACCAGAGCACUUGUCCUCAUACACCACAGCAGAAUGGGGUUGCUGAAAGGAAGAAUAGGCACAUCUUGGAGGUGGCUAGAAGCA